AACCAAUGAACGAAUGAAACGAACCUCAAAAUUUCAUCAUCAUUUACCGGCAUUUCCCUCCGAUUAAAGUCUUAUCAUCGUUUAUUGUUAAUUUUAUAGUUUUGCACUUGCACAAAUUAAAAAUGUCUCUUUCCGUGGAAGAUAGAUACGAUUUAAUUACUCGAAACUUGGUGGCAGUCUCCGAUGGGGAAAAGCUAAGAUCGAUCCUAAAGGAGCGAGAGUUGAAAAUCUACUGGGGACUGGCAGUAGCCGAGAAGUUGGACCUGUCGUAUUUUGUCGCCGUAUCAAAGAUUGCGGAUUUUCUGCGUGCAGGGGCCAACGUCACUGUGUUACUCGCCGACUUGCACACAUUUUUGGAUAACAGAAAAUCGUCAUGGGACGCGCUUCCUUUGCGUUGUGACUAUUACGAAAGUGCGAUUAAGGUAAUGUGCAAGUCGAUCGGGAUCAACACGGACGGUCUUCGUUUUGUGAGAGGUACCGACUUUCAACUGUCGAGGGAGUACACGUUGGACGCUUACAAACUGAGCUCACUUGUAAGUACGGAGGAUGCACGAUUGGGGGCCGAAGAAGUCGUCGCGCAAGUGGAGCAUCCUCUACUAAGUGCCCUGUUAUACCCAAGUCUGCAAGCCUUAGACGAGGAACACCUAAAGGUAGAUGUUCACUUCGGCACAGUGAAACAAAAGAAAAUUUUCGAAUUCGCCGAGAAGUACUUGCCGGUUUUGGGUUACGAAAAGCGAAUACAUUUGACAAGUCCCUCUGUUCUCGACUUGUCAGGAGGAAAAGUAACGCUACCCGAGGACGAACGUAAAGUAGACAUUCUUGAGUCAAUGGCCACCCUAAAAAAUAAGAUGAAAAAGGCGUUCUGUGAAAAGGGCAACGUGGAAAAUAACGGCUUGUUAUCGUUACUAAAACACGUAAUUUUCCCCCUCCUGAUGAAAGCCGACGAAAAGUUCGUGAUUACAAGGAGCAAGAAUCACGGGGGUGACAUCGUAUUCGAGCGGUAUGAUGUAAUCGAAGAUUCCUUCGGGAAAAAAGAUCUACAUCCGGGCGAUCUCAAAGUUGGUGUCGAAACUUAUAUUAAUAAGUUACUGGAGCCGAUACGCAAGGAGUUUGAGGAGCCGAAUUUGAGGCAGAUUGUGGAGAAGGCAUUCCCCGUUGCCGCCGCUAGGAAAAAGGGCGGAUCGACUACUGCUGUUCCUAAUGAGGAGGCGACACCUUCUCGGCUAGACAUGCGAAUUGGUAAAAUUGUCGAAGUCUCAAAACAUCCGGAUGCCGAUGGUUUAUACGUGGAGAAGAUCGACGUGGGUGAGGGUUCCCUCCGCACUAUCGUCAGCGGGUUGGUUAAUUACGUUCCAAUUGAGGAAAUGCAAGACGCACUGGUACUUGUUCUUUGCAACUUAAAACCGGCGAAGCUUAGGGGUAUCGAAUCGAAAGGGAUGCUGCUCUGUGCCAAUUUGGCGCCAAAGGAGAUAGAAAUCGUUUGCCCUCCUGGAGGAACACCCGCUGGUGAAAGGGUGUACGUUGAAGGUUACGAGGAGGGGACUCCGGACGACGUUUUAAAUCCAAAAAAGAAAGUUUGGGAGAAGCUGCAGGUCGACUUGACCACAAAUGAAGAUUGUGUUUGCCAGUGGCAGGGAAAAAAAUUAUUCACGAAAUCUGGUGGUCUACUGACUUGUAAAUCUAUGAAAAACGCUCCUGUUAAAUAAGGAAUUGUACUAUGUAUAUUUUGCAUUUCUAGCUUAGCUCAUAUUUCUUUGUAUUACCACAUUAGGAUAGGGUUCUUUUGUCAGAAUAAAUCACAGUUAUUGACA